CCCCACAAAAGCGAUCCCAUAUGCCAAAAAUGCAUCAUUGCCUAAACCCACAAAACAUUAACACUUAAUUACUCUCUUUCUCCUUUUCCUCAUGCCUUUUCUUCUCAUUACCAUCUCUCAUUUUCUUCCACGCAUCAUCUUACAACCUUAAUCACACAAACUACAAACAUAGUUCUUUUUUUUGUCUUUUGUUUGAUAAAUCUCUUUUGUCUUAGUUAAGAGAGGUUCUCUGUCUAGUUUGUGUUCAACUGAGUACUACGGGACGGGUUUGGAUCGAAAUCAGGUCAUUAACUUGAACCACCUGGCGACAUCAACAAGAGAAAAGUGUACGGCUUUGGUCCGGUCUUGUUACGUACCGUCAAGAACUACUUGUUCCGACGACAUUAUUAAUAAAUCGAGCACAAAAGUCGAAGAUGCUGGUCGUCUUGGCUUCCGAGGAGGAGGAGGAGGAGGAAGACGGAGGCGACAACAUCAGCCACCUAAGAGACACAUCGGAAGAAGCUGCAUCGCCGUCUCCAGCGAGCCUUGCCGUCUCAAAAGCAACCUCAAGAUCAAAACGGAGGCGGAGAAAGGCGUGGAUCAGAGGAAAGUAAGCUGGCCUGAUGCCCACGGUAAAGAUAUUGCCCAUGUUCAAGAGUUUGAGCUUAGCGCAUCCGAGGACGGAGAACAUGCAGGAUAUUCUAAAAGAAAAUAUUGUGGUGUCUGUAUAAUCCAGUGACAUUUAUUUAUCCCUUUUGAAUUUUGUGUUUUUCUUUCUCAUUAGCACUGCCUCUGAACUGUGUGUUGAUUCUAGUAGACUGUUUCGUAAACCCAUCAUUAAGUAAAAGUGACCUAGGAACUCAAGACACUUGAGAAAUAGAGAAAUUUGAUUUGA